CCGGACGCAGCCGGAACGGUGACUGCCGCGGCUUCCACCUCCUCCUGCAAGGGCCUCCCCAGGACCCCUGGCACAGGCUCAGCUUGCGCCUGUGCCAUGCUCCGGGGACGGCGCGGCAGCCGGGUGAGAGCUCUGGAGGGCGGCCCGGAGGAAGAGGCGCCCCCGGCGGCGGCCGCGGUGCCCUUGGCGCUGCUCCCGUCCGCGCAGCAGCCGGAGGCGACAGCCGAGCAGAUGCUGCUUCGGGGCAUUUUUGAGAUCGGGAGAGGCAGCUGCGACGUAGUGCUGACCGAGCGGGCCCUGAGGUGGCGGCCUAUCCUGCCCGAGCGCCCGGCGGGUGAUCCCAAGUUCGAUUUGCUACAUAAAGAAGAAUUUAUUGAGCUCAAAGACGUAUUUUCUGUGAAACUGAAACGGCGUUGUUCUUCUAAACAGCAAAGUGGUACUUUAUUAGGAAUCACACUCUUCAUAUGUUUGAAAAAGGAACAAAAUAAAUUGAAGGAUUCUACAAUUGAUCUUAUUAAUUUAAGUGAAGACCACUGUGACUUAUGGUUUAGACAGUUCAAAAAAAUUUUGGCAGGUUUUUCAAACAGACCAAAGUCAUUAAAAAUAUUCCUUAACCCCCAAAGCCACAAAAAAGAAGCUACCCAGAUCUAUUAUGAGAAGGUCGAACCUCUGUUGAAGCUUGCAGGAAUAAAAACUGAUGUAACAAUAACGGAAUAUGAAGGCCAUGCUCUAUCACUGCUUAAAGAAUGUGAACUCCAAGGAUUUGAUGGGGUCGUCUGUGUUGGAGGAGAUGGAUCUGCCAGUGAAGUAGCCCAUGCUUUGCUUCUUAGAGCCCAGAAGAAUGCUGGGGUGGAAACAGACUGCCUCCUGACCCCUGUCAGAGCACAGCUUCCUCUCGGUGUAAUACCAGCAGGCUCUACUAAUGUAUUGGCACAUUCUCUUCAUGGAGUCCCUCAUGUGGUAACUGCAACUUUGCACAUUAUAAUGGGGCACAUACAACCAGUUGAUGUCUGUACCUUCAGCACCAUGGGUAAGCUCCUUCGUUUUGGAUUCUCAGCCAUGUUUGGCUUUGGUGGAAGAACUUUGGCUCUGGCGGAAAAACAUCGGUGGAUGUCCCCUAACCAACGGAGAGAUUUUGCUGUAAUUAAGGCACUGGCAAAACUUAAGCCAGAGGACUGUGAAAUAUCAUUUUUACCAUUUAAAAGCUCCCAGGAUUUACAAGAAAGAAAGGCACAGGGAUCUCCCAAAUCUGACUGUAGUGACCAAUGGCAAAUGAUCCAGGGUCAGUUCUUGAAUGUCAGCAUUAUGGCGAUUCCUUGCCUGUGUUCAGUGGCACCGAGAGGCUUGGCACCUAAUACCAGAUUAAAUAAUGGAAGUAUGGCCCUUAUAAUUGUACGAAACACUUCUCGACCAGAAUUUAUAAAACACCUGAAAAGAUAUGCCAGUGUAAAAAAUCAGUUCAGUUUUCCAUUUGUUGAGACUUACACGGUUGAAGAAGUGAAAGUUCAGCGAAAGAAUAAUACGAGUGGACACAAUCCGGAAGAGAAAAAUGAGCCUUAUGAAAUUGCUCUAGACAACAGUUUUCCUUGGAAUGUAGAUGGUGAUUUAAUGGAAGUAGCAUCAGACGUCCAUGUUAGAUUGCAUCCAAGACUUAUUAGUCUUUAUGGAGGAGGCACGGAAGAAAUGAAUGACUCCAAAGUGACAUGUAAUUGUUUAUAAAAGAAUGUGUAAACUAAAAUUUUAAACCGAUAUCCUAAUAGAAACAUAUUAUCUUAUUUUUUUAAAGAAAUUACAAUUGCUAUUUUUGAUGUUACUAAAAGUGAACUUUGAGGGCUUAAAAAAAAUCAAGAUGAAAAAUAAGAAAUAUAUCAAAACAAUUACAUUCUGGUUUUGGGAAAGUGUUUAUUAGAAUUUAAAAUAAACAUUUCAUGUACUUACAAUUUAAGAAUUAUCAUGACACAUUGUGGGGAGUGCAACCAAUUUCACAAAACAAUUUGUGUAUAAAUUUUUUUAUUGUACUUUAGGUGA